UAUCUGUAAACUGGUAAAUGUAUAAACCAGCUGUGAAUAGAGUCGGUUUAGAUUGGUUUAGUUAUUGUAUAUAAACCUCAAUUGUAAAUUAUUUUGGGAAUUAACGAGAAUGAGAUUAUUAACUAAUAUGGUAUCAGAGCUUUCUGAUCUCAUUCUCUAACAAACUCUUCCGCGUUGCUUUUCAUCGGAAUCUCAUCGGUGUUUCACCGGAAUCUCUUCCGAUCUCAUCGUUUCUUUCCUUUGAUCUACUCUUUUCUCGUUCUCCUGUGCCUUCUCAGCUUCCAAUCUCUCAAAUCGGAGCUGUUGUAGGGUUUCAAUGGGAAAACGGAAUUGUAAAUCGAAGUAUCGUACUCUUGCUCCCGAUUCACCAGAAUCCGGCACCGCAGUGUCACCUAGAGCUCACGGAGAGACGUCGAUACAUCCGUCGACUCGCCUAGCUUCAGGAUUGGUGAAUCGUGUUGCUGAUUCUUCCGAUCGUGCACCGACACAUCGAUCUCUCUCCACUCCAUCUCAUGCUGCUUUUGAGGUAUCAGAUUCACCGGAUAAUAUUCAUUCACCUUAUCAUUUGCAUAGUUCAGAUCAUCCUGGCCUGGUUUUAGUAUCUGAGCCCUUAGAUGGUAACAACUACAAUGUUUGGUAUGUUGCUAUGGUUACGAGUCUUGAGGCUAAGAACAAGCUAGGUUUCCUGGAUGGAUCGAUUGCUAAACCUGAUGAAUAUGAUCCGUAUUUCAAGAUCUGAUGUCGAUGUAACUCCAUGGUGAAGUCGUGGUUGUUGAAUAGCGUUUCUAAGAAGAUCUAUGCUAGUAUCCUUUACAUCAAGCACUCAUCUGAUAUCUGGAAGGACCUUCACACUCGCUUUCAUAAAUCAAACCUGCCUCGCCUCUACAAGCUGCGACACCAGCUUCAUUCUCUGCAUCAAGGGAGUCUUGAUCUCUCUUCCUAUCACACUCAAACUCAAACGUUGUGGGAGGAACUCUCCAAUAUUCAAGUCACUCCACAUACUGUUGAGGAUCUUCUCGCUGAAAAGGAGACAAAAAGAGUGAUUGAUUUUCUGAUGGGGCUUAAUGAGAAUUAUGAGAACAUUCGGAGACGGAUCUUGAUGAAGAAAACCUUACCUUCUCUCUCAGAGAUCUAUAACAUGUUUGAUCAAGAUGACAGCCAGAAGACUGCACAUAUUCUAGUUGUUACUAACACUAGUUCUGCUGCCUUUCAAGUCUCUCAGUCUUCAUCUCCGAAUGUCUCUAAAAGCUCACCUGGAGCUGGUACUGGUGGAUUUCCUCGGAAAGACAGGCCAUAUUGCACCUUUUGUGGUAGAGUUGGACAUGUGGUUGAUAAAUGCUUUAAGAAACAUGGUUAUCCUAAUCAGCGUCCUGAGAAGAAUUCUCUUGUAGCCAAUGUUGCUCUUGAAGAUAAUGCUUCCCAUGAUGUGGUUCCAGCUAGUGACUUCACUCCAGCUCAAAUCCAACAGAUGAUGUCCUUCCUUGCUAGCAAGCUUCAACCUCCGAGCACCACUCCAUCUCCCGAAGUACACUCUGUCUCCGCAUCUUCCAACCUUCCUUUACUGGUCCAAUACCCGGAUCCACUAAUCAUAUUUGGUGAGGAGGAAACACCAACUUACUGAUAAGAUGCAGGGACUGAAUUGUAAAAGAGAUAGUCACACGUGUGAGGAGAGCUGAAUCUAUUUGGGAUCAUGUGCAACAAAGUUCACACGUGAGAGAUGAGGAAAGUUGCCUAGGAGGCUAAGAAGAACCUAGAAGAUGAUUAAGCUAUAUAAAUAAAGAGGGGAAGCAUCACAAGGGGAUAUGAUGAAUGUUGUGAGGGGUUAGCCGACAUGAGGCUGCUUGGGAAGAGAGGAACCCGAGGGAUGUGAGUGAGGGUUGCCGAUCUUAUCUUUCACUUUGUUCUUCAUUUAUAUCUUGUAAUCUGAGAGUUAUUGAACCUUUUGAGUUUGCAUUUACAUGUUAAUGGAGGUUUAAUGGAGUUUCCCUAAGGUUAA